AUGAUAAAUGUUUUGCCAUAUGUGGUAAUAUCCCUCAAAUUAUGCCUUCUUUUUACAUGUAUUCAUUUGAAAAAUAUAUAUCCUUUUGUUUUUUCGAGUUUUUCGUGUUUUCUUUUUGUUUAUCUGUUUUCCUUCCUGCUGUAUAUCAUAGUGUCAUAUCGUAACCCAGGAUAUGUUACCACGUGCCCAACAAAUUACAUAGAGACGGAUCAGAACAUACAAUUGAAAAAUUUUGUUAAAGAAAAAAAAUAUAAUAAUACAAAAGAUAAUCAUAAUAAUAAUAAUUUAAAAUACGACACAUACAAUAAGUUAUCAUAUUUCUCAACCAACGAUAGCGGAACGUCUUGUAGUUUUUUUUCUUCAAGCACAUCUGAAUGUUCAACUGACGAACUUCGAAGCUUAACAAUUUUACAUCAUAAAAAGAAAAAUACAAUAAUAACAGAAAGAUGUAUGAGAAAAAAAGAAAGAUAUAACCAAGAUUUUAAGAUCGAUGAAAAUUAUAUUAUGAGAAAUUACAAGAAAAAGGGAAGCCCUGUUCAAGUGAAAAGAAGAUAUAUAUAUUAUAAAAAUAAAAGAAAUGAUCAACUUUAUAAUAGAUGUAAUUUUUUUUUUAAAUUAAAAGAUAUAACGUAUUCAUUAAAUAAAGAGACAGAUGAAGACACACAAAAUGUAGAUAGAAAUAUAAUAAAGAUAAAAAAAUUGAAGAAACUUAAUAUGUUCAAAAUAAAUAUAACAAAAAAUCAUAUAUUUGUAUUAUAUAAAAAAAAAGUAACCUAUUACAAACCUUUAUCUUUAAGAAACAUAAAUCAUAUUUUUAUUAAUUCCAAUAGAAAAUUAGACUACACAAAAAAAAGAACACAAAAUAAGUUUAUAUCAAACAAUAAUAUAAAAUUAAAUAAAAUAAAUAAACAUGAUAUUAUAUUUUAUAAAAACAUAAAAGAAAAAGAGAAGAACAAAAAUAAUCACAUUUUUUAUUUAUAUCGUAAUAAGUUAUAUCAAUAUAAUAUACCAUUACCAUACUGUAAAAUAUGUGAUGUAUAUCAGAUAUUAAGAAGUAAACAUUGUCAAAUGUGCAAAAGGUGUGUGCGAACCUUUGACCAUCACUGUCCUUGGAUAAAUAAUUGUGUAGCUGAAAAUAACAGAAGCUUCUUUUUAUUAUAUUUAUAUUUUGAAUUGUUCACUAUAUGGUACUCAAUCAAAUUUAUUUCACACCUCGUGUAUCUUAUGUUGUACGACGACAACGGGUUU